GCAGCAGGGAGGGGUUUGAAGUUGGCAGGAAACCCUGUUGGGUUGCCUUCGCUGCUUUAGAACUGUUUGUGGUCAAGCCAGUACUGAGAACGAGCUUCUAGCGCCCGUCUGUGCAAAGCGCUCAGGGGACAGGAAACCAGCACCUCGGCAGGUGGCAGGAGGGAGAGAAAGAGAGGCUUAAAGAAAGAGAGAAAAGGGCGUCUGUUUGUGACUCCCCCCCCCCCACGGGGUAGAGGGCUCUGUCCCCACUCCCAAACAAAAAAAUGGAUUAACUCUACUGUAUGGGAAGAGAAAGGGCCUUCCCUCCUUUUCAAGACGUAGGAACCGCAGAGAACCUGCUUCUUCCCAUUGCCCCCAUCGACAGACAUUAUGGGUAACUGUUGCAGUUUAGAUUAUGAUGAUGACUGGCUUGAGGAUAUUGACAUUUGUGAAGUAUGUCAUUACCCCAUUGACCCAUCAACCAAGCCCCAGAGACUGGCUUUAAAUGGCUCCGAGGCGUACAACCCUCUGUUAUCUUCUGAAAUGGAUCCUCCUCCCAGUUCACCUCUUCAAGAUAAACUGGUUGUUGCCCUCUACGACUAUGAAGCAAACCAUGAGGCCGAUCUGGUGCUCCGGCGGGGAGAACAGCUGCGGAUCUUGGAGGAAUCCGGGGACUGGUGGAAAGCGCAGUCUCUCACCACAGGAAAAGUGGGCUACAUCCCGUCCAGCUUUGUCGCGAAGAUGAACAGUCUGGAACAAGAGCCCUGGUUUUUCAAAGCCCUCAGCAGAAAGGAUGCUGAACGGCAGCUCCUGACCCCGGGCAACACACAUGGCGCUUUCCUCAUCCGAGAAAGUGAAUCCACCAAAGGUUCCUUCUCCCUCUCCGUGCGUGACUUUGACCAGAACCAAGGAGAAGUCGUGAAGCACUAUAAGAUCCGCAACAUGGACAACGGCGGGUUUUACAUCUCCCCUCGCAUCACCUUUGACAGCCUGCACAGCCUGGUGGAGCAUUACAUGAGCAGGAGCGAUGGGCUUUGCACCCAGCUCGGCAAACCCUGCCAGACGCAGAAGCCACAGAAGCCGUGGUGGCAGGAUGAAUGGGAAGUCCCUCGGGAGACCCUCAAGCUGGUGGAGAAACUGGGCGCCGGGCAGUUUGGAGAAGUCUGGAUGGGUUACUACAAGGGCCACACCAAAGUAGCCGUCAAGAGCCUGAAGCAAGGAAGCAUGUCGCCCGAGGCCUUCCUCGCCGAAGCCAACCUGAUGAAGAAGCUGCGGCAUCCUCGGCUGGUGGCCCUCUACGCCGUGGUGACUCAGAAGCCCAUGUACAUCAUCACCGAAUACAUGGAGAAAGGUCAGGCGGCCCCGAGGGGAGGGAAUGACACUCUUAACAGAGAGAGAUUUCUAACCAGCCUGCUGUUUUCUCCCACAAAGGUAGCGGAAGGAAUGGCCUUCCUGGAGAAGAAGAAUUAUAUCCAUCGUGACUUGAGAGCAGCCAACAUCUUGGUCUCGGAAACGCUGUGCUGCAAGAUUGCCGAUUUUGGCCUCGCCCGGCUGAUAGAGGAUGAUGAGUACACAGCUCAAGAGGGAGCAAAGUUUCCCAUUAAAUGGACAGCCCCAGAGGCUAUUAAUUAUGGGACAUUUACCAUCAAAUCAGAUGUUUGGUCAUUUGGAAUCCUGUUGACCGAGAUCAUCACCUACGGCCGGAUCCCUUACCCAGGAAUGAGCAACCCAGAAGUCAUACAGAAUUUGGAGCGCGGCUACCGCAUGCCGCCACCGGAAAACUGUCCAGAGGAGCUGUAUAAACUGAUGCUGCAGUGCUGGAAGGACAGUCCAGAGCAACGGCCAACGUUUGAGUUCCUGAAAGGGGUCCUGGAAGACUUUUUCACAGCCACCGAAGGGCAAUACGAGCAACAGGUGUGAGGAAGGUGACGGCUGGCUGGCGAACGAUGGGACCCCCUGGAUCAUUCCUUGGCCACGGCUUAACAAGGAGCCCCAUCGUCCCCUAAAGGCGCCCAAUGCAUCCAGAGACCUUUUGAGAGUGGGAACUUUUUUUCCACUCCUUUAUCCCAAAUGUCUGUUGGGUAUAGAAUAGGGACUGCUGCUGGUAUUUACGUGAAAUUGUUAUUGUUCAUUCUACUAGAGAUACAAAUUUCAGGACUGAGAUUUCUGAGCCCCGGGAUCAAGAUAAGCCCUUACUUGUACCCUUUUGAUGUUUGACGUAUAAGAAAUGGAAAAAGAGUUUCAACAGGCAUGGAAGGCAUCUUCUGUGGUUAGAACACCCAUCCUCUUGUCUCUCAGCUCUGGUGGUUUCUCAGCGGACUCUAUAGAGUUAUUUUGUCGUUGACUUGCGUUGUCUGUAAAGUGUAUCAAUGAUGGUGUAUAAAAAUGUUCAACAGCCCAAAGCA